AUGGAUAUUCACUGCAAGGCAGACCCCUUCUCGGCCAUGCACCUAUCCCACGCAGGGCACGGCGGCGUGAACCAGCUCGGCGGGGUGUUUGUCAACGGCAGACCCCUCCCGGACGUGGUCAGGCAAAGGAUCGUGGAGCUGGCCCACCAAGGGGUUCGGCCGUGCGACAUUUCCAGACAGCUGCGGGUCAGUCACGGAUGCGUCAGCAAAAUCCUCGGCAGGUACUACGAAACGGGCAGCAUUAAACCAGGCGUGAUCGGGGGGUCCAAACCGAAGGUUGCCACCCCGAAAGUGGUUGAUAAAAUUGCGGAGUACAAACGGCAGAACCCGACUAUGUUCGCCUGGGAGAUCCGGGAUCGGCUACUGGCCGAGGGCGUGUGUGACAAUGACACUGUACCCAGCGUCUCGUCCAUCAACAGGAUUAUCCGCACCAAAGUCCAGCAGCAGUUUCACCCGUCCCCCGACGGAUCCGUCACGCCGCUCUCCACACCGGGACACACCAUAGUACCCAGCACAGCCUCCCCACCUGUGACCAGCGCCUCCAACGACCCCGUAGGCUCCUACUCCAUCAACGGCAUUCUGGGAAUCCCCCGCUCCAACGGUGAGAAGAGGAAACGAGACGAAGUUCUCUGGACUGGCAGCCAUUUGGACGGAAGGAAAAUAGGACAUUGUGGCUCAGAUGGUUCCGGCCCAGGCAGCGAUUCUCAGGGCAGCGUGGAAAGUCUAAGGAAGCAUCUGCGAGCGGACGCGUUCACCCAGCAGCAGUUGGAGGCCCUGGAUCGCGUGUUCGAACGCCCUUCCUACCCGGAUGUCUUCCCUACCUCCGAACACAUCAAACCCGAGCAGGCCAAUGAGUACUCCCUCCCGUCGCUGAACUCCGGCCUGGAAGACGUGAAGCCCAGCCUCUCCAGCAGUGGCGGCGCAGACCUCGCCUCCAGCGUCUCCCAGAGCUACUCGGUUGUGACAGGUCGAGACAUGGCGAGCACCACCUUACCGGGCUACCCGCCUCACGUACCCCCAACGGGACAAGGCAGCUAUCCCACCUCGACACUUGCCGGAAUGGUUCCAGGAGGGGACUUUUCUGGAAACCCGUAUUCUCAUCCACAGUACACAACUUAUAACGAAGCAUGGCGGUUCAGCAAUCCAGCGUUACUAAGUUCCCCUUAUUAUUAUAGUGCCGCAACCCGUGGCUCAGCACCUCCCACUGCUGCCGCUGCCUACGACCGCCACUAG